AUGGUACAGGGGUCGUUAUCAUUUGAAGAUCUGUCCGUGGACUUCACCCAGAAGGAAUGGCAGAUGCUGGACCCAUGCCAGAGGGACUUGUACAAGGAUGUCAUGUUGGAGAACUAUAGCAGCCUAGUGUCACUGGUUGAUGGUCAUUUGCUCUGGCAUCCAGAUAACCAAGACAAGUUGAAUAAUAAGAAAAGAAAUCAUGGUUGUGAGGCAAUUGGGGAAAAACUCAAUCUAAACAUGAGCUUUGUACCUGCCAGGAAAUUGCACAGUGAAGAUGACUUAGAUGGAAUAAUUUCGAAGCAUCAUUUAGAUUUCCUUGUACCAAAAACGGAUUGUGAAAAAACAGAGCCGAAUGAUUUUAAAGUUUUCGAUAAAUUCUUUCUUAAUCCCAAUGCUGAGGAAAUGAACUCUUGGUUAAAAUAUUACAAAUCUGAUAACUAUGACAAAAUUAACUACAAGAAGUCACAGAUUAUCAUAUAUCACAGAACUCGGCUAGGGGAGAAACUUUAUGAAUGCUUUGAAUGUAGGAAACGCUUCAACAAGAGAUCAAGCCUCAUCAAACAUCAGAGCAGACAUUUAAAAGAAAUAGCCUACGGCUGUGGUAGUUGUGGCAAAACUUUCCCCCAGAAGUCACAGUUUAUUACACAUCACAGAACUCAUACGGGAGAGAAACCUUACCAUUGUAGCCAGUGUGGGAAAGCUUUCUCACAAAAGUCACAGCUCACAUCUCACGAGAGGACACACACCGGAGAGAAACCCUACGAGUGUGGUGAGUGUGGGAAGGCCUUCUCCCGGAAGUCCCAUCUCAUCUCACACUGGAGGACCCACACUGGAGAAAAACCCUACGAAUGUGGUGCAUGUGGGAAAGCCUUUAGUGAAAAGUCCAACCUCAUCAAUCAUCAAAGGAUUCACACCGGAGAGAAACCCUUUGCGUGCAGGGAUUGUGGGAAGGCGUUUAGCAGGAAGUCACAACUUGUUACACAUCACAGGACUCACACCGGAACCAAACCGUUUGGAUGCAGUGAGUGUAGGAAAGCCUUCUUUGAAAAGUCAGAGCUCAUGAGACAUCAGACGGUUCAUACUGGAGAGAAGCCUUAUGAAUGCAGUGAGUGUCAGAAGGCAUUUAGAGAGCGGUCAAGUCUUAUUAAUCAUCAGAGAACCCACACUGGAGAGAAACCCCAUGGAUGCAUUCAGUGUGGAAAAGCUUUUUCUCAGAAGUCACAUCUCAUCUCUCACCAAAUGACACAUACAGGGGAGAGACCCUUUAUUUGCAGUAAAUGUGGGAAAGCCUUCAGCCGGAAAUCCCAGCUCGUUAGACAUCAGAGGACUCAUACAGGAGAGAAGCCUUACGAAUGCAGUGAAUGUGGCAAAGCUUUCAGUGAAAAGCUAAGCCUCACAAAUCAUCAGAGAAUUCAUACUGGAGAAAAACCGUACAUGUGCAGCGAAUGUGGGAGGGCAUUUUGUCAGAAGUCACACCUCAUCUCCCACCAGAGGACUCACACAGGAGAGAAGCCCUACAGCUGCAGCGAAUGUGGGAAAGCGUUUGCCGAGAAGUCGAGUCUUGCCACGCAUCUGAGAACUCACACGGGAGAGAAGCCCUAUGAAUGUACCGACUGCAAAAGAGCCUUCUCCCAGAAAUCCCAGCUCAACACUCAUCUGAGAAUCCACAGAGGUGAGAGACCCUAUGAAUGUAGUUUUUGUAGGAAAGCUUUCUUUGAGAAGUCAGAGCUAGUUAGACACCAAAGGAGUCACACGGGAGAGAAACCCUAUGAAUGCAGUGAUUGUAAAAGAGCCUUCAGGGAGAAGUCAAGUCUCAUUAAUCACCGGAGAACACACACAGGAGAGAAACCUUUCACGUGCCUCCAGUGUGGCAAAUGUUUUACUCGGAAGUCACACCUCAUACCACAUAAUAGGACCCAUACAGGAGAGAAACCUUACCUAUGCAAUGAAUGUCCAAAAGCUUUCUCUCAAAAGUCACAGCUCAUUAAUCACCUGAGAACGCAUAAAAAGAAAAAAGUUGUAGAGACAUAA